GUCAUUGAAGUGGGAUUCAACAAAUCUCAGAGCUUGGUAGUUAGUUGUAGUCCAUAAUCAUCAUCAUCAUCAGAGCUAGUUUUAUAGCUCCGAACCAAAUUCCGAGUACGACUCACCUAACCAACCCACUGCUGAAUCGUUUUACAUUUCGCGAUCUAAACUCAUUUCCUCUCUUCUUCUAAAAGCAAGAAUGCUUUCAUAAUUCAAACAAACAAAGAGUCUAAUUCUAACUUAUUAUACAAUCAAAAAAUGGCAGUUCCAGUUGAAGAAGCCAUUGCUGCUCUUUCCACAUUCUCUUUAGAGGAUGACCAACCAGAGGUUCAAGGACCUGCAGCUCUAGUAUCAAGUGAAAGAGGAUCAACUGCUAGUCCAGUUGAGUACAUUGAUGUUUCUGCGUAUCGAUUGUCUCUUUCUGAAGACACAAAAGCUCUUAACCAGCUGAAUGCACUUAUUCAAGAGGGGAAAGGGAUGGCAUCAGUGCUUUAUACUUAUCGCAGUUGUGUCAAAGCGCUUCCUCAGCUUCCUGAUUCUAUGAAGCACAGUCAGGCUGACUUGUAUAUGGAGACAUAUCAAGUUUUAGACUUGGAGAUGAGUCGUCUGCGUGAAAUUCAGAGAUGGCAAGCAUCAGCUGCGUCUAAACUAGCGGCUGAUAUGCAGCGUUUUUCUAGGCCUGAACGGCGCAUUAAUGGUCCUACAAUAACUCACCUAUGGUCCAUGUUGAAGUUACUUGAUGUUUUAGUGCAACUUGAUCAUCUUAAAAAUGCUAAGGCCAGUAUACCUAAUGACUUCUCUUGGUAUAAGAGGACAUUCACGCAAGUCAGUAUUCAGUGGCAAGACAUUGAUUCGAUGAGGGAGGAGCUAGAUGACUUACAGAUUUUCUUAAGCACAAGGUGGGCUAUCUUGUUGAACUUGCAUGUUGAGAUGUUUCGUGUGAACAAUGUAGAAGACAUUCUUCAGGUUCUCAUAGUAUUUGCUGUGGAGUCAUUGGAGUUGGAUUUUGCGCUUCUAUUUCCAGAGAGACACAUUCUUCUGCGUGUUUUACCUGUUCUUGUUGUUCUAGCAACAUCAUCAGAAAAAGACAGUGAAUCGCUGUACAAGAGAGUGAAAAUCAACAGGCUGAUUAAUAUUUUUAAGAAUGAUCCAGUGAUUCCUGCAUUCCCAGAUCUUCAUCUUUCUCCUGCUGCAAUUUUGAAAGAAUUGUCUAUGUACUUUCAGAAGUUUUCUUCACAGACUCGUCUUCUAACCCUUCCAGCACCUCAUGAACUUCCACCCCGGGAAGCACAAGACUAUCAGAGACAUUAUCUUAUCAUCAAUCACAUAGGAGCUAUUCGUGCUGAGCAUGAUGAUUUUGCAAUUCGAUUUGCUUCAUCCUUGAACCAGUUGUUGUUGUUAAAGUCAACAGAUGGCGCGGACAGUGAGUGGUGCAAAGAAGUCAAGGGAAAUAUGUAUGAUAUGGUUGUUGAAGGGUUCCAGCUUCUAAGUCGAUGGACUGCACGCAUUUGGGAACAAUGUGCAUGGAAAUUUUCUCGUCCAUGUAAAGAUGCAAUUUCUUCUGAUGCAAAUGGAGCUUCUGCAUCAGUUUCUGACUAUGAGAAGGUGGUUAGAUAUAACUACAGUGUCGAAGAAAGGAAAGCUCUUGUUGAACUCAUUAGCUACAUAAAGAAUGUUGGAUCAAUGAUGCAUCGAUGUGACACAUUAGUAGCUGAUGCCUUAUGGGAAACAAUACAUGCUGAGGUUCAAGAUUUUGUGCAAAACACGUUGGCCACCAUGUUGCGAACUACUUUUAGAAAGAAGAAGGACCUUUCAAGGAUUCUUUCUGAUAUGCGGACUCUUUCAGCAGACUGGAUGGCAAAUACAAGCAAGCCUGAAGAGUUACAAUCCCAUGGAGGUGAGGAUAGUAAAGGGAGCUUCAUUUAUCCAAGGUCAGUCGCACCAACAGCUGCGCAGGUGCACUGCUUGCAAUUCCUGAUAUAUGAAGUCAUAUCUGGUGGUAAUCUUCGGAAACCUGGGGGGCUCUUUGGUAAUAGUGGGUCUGACAUUCCUGUAAAUGACAUGAAGCAUUUGGAGACUUUCUUUUACAAGCUUAGUUUCUUCCUGCAUAUGUUGGAUUACUCCGUGACCAUUUCAACUUUGACGGAUCUUGGUUUCUUAUGGUUUAGAGAAUUUUAUCUGGAAUCUUCUCGUGUUAUUCAGUUUCCCAUUGAAUGCUCUCUUCCAUGGAUGUUGGUAGACCAUGUGCUUGAAUCCCAGAAUGCAGGCCUUCUUGAAAGUAUUCUGAUGCCAUUUGAUGUCUACAAUGAUUCAGCUCAGCAAGCGCUGGUCAUGCUGAGGCAGAGAUUCCUCUAUGAUGAAAUUGAGGCUGAGGUGGACCACUGUUUUGAUUUGUUUGUUUCAAAGCUGAGCGAGAUUAUUUUUACAUAUUACAAGAGCUGGGCAGCAAGUGAACUACUUGAUCCAUCAUUCCUUUUUGCCUUGGACAAUGGAGAGAAGUACUCUGUCCAGCCUAUGCGGUUCACUGCUCUAUUUAAAAUGACUAGAGUAAAGUUGCUUGGGAGGACCAUUAAUUUAAGAAGCUUGAUUGCUGAACGGAUGAACAAAGUAUUCAGAGAAAAUCUUGAGUUUCUUUUUGACCGUUUUGAGUCCCAAGAUUUAUGUGCAAUUGUGGAAUUAGAAAAACUACUGGAUAUCUUAAAGCAUACUCACGAGCUGCUUUCUGAAGAUCUUUCAAUAGAUUCAUUUGGUCUCAUGUUGAAUGAGAUGCAAGAAAACAUAUCACUCGUGUCAUUUUCUAGUCGACUUGCUUCUCAGAUUUGGUCAGAGAUGCAAAGUGAUUUCCUGCCAAACUUUGUUCUUUGCAAUACCACUCAACGUUUUGUACGAUCAUCAAGAGUUCCGCUUGCUCCUGUUCAAAAACCAUCAGUUCCCUAUGCCAAGCCCAAUUUUUAUUGUGGCACUCAGGAGCUGAAUUCUGCGCAUCAGAGUUUUGCUCGCUUGCACAGUGGGUUCUUUGGAAAUCCCCACAUGUUUUCUGUUGUUAGACUUCUGGGAUCCAGAUCCUUGCCUUGGCUUAUCCGAGCUCUACUAGAUCAUAUAUCAAACAAGCUAACUGCACUUGAACCUAUGAUUAUGGGAUUACAAGAAGCAUUGCCAAAAUCUAUUGGACUGCUUCCUUUCGAUGGGGGUGUCCCAGGUUGUAUGAGGCUUGUCAAAGAAAAUCUUAAUUGGGGGACAAAAUCAGAGCUCAAAGCAGAGGUUCUUCGAGGGAUAAAGGAGAUUGGAAGUGUAUUAUAUUGGAUGGGACUUCUUGACAUAGUAUUGAGGGAAGUUGAUACCAAGCAUUUCAUGCAAACAGCUCCUUGGCUGGGCUUGGUUCCUGCAGCAGAUGGGCAGAUACUGCAUUCUCAAGAUGGUGGGGACAGUCCUCUUGUCAACCUUUUCAAAUCGUCAAUCACUGCAAUGGUAUCCAACCCUGGGUGCCCAAAUCCGUCGACUUUCUUCACCAUGUCAAAGCAGGCAGAAGCUGCAGAUCUUUUGUACAAGGCCAACUUGAAUACUGGAAGUGUGCUGGAAUAUGCUCUUGCUUUUACUAGUGCAGCACUUGAUAAAUACUGUACCAAGUGGAGUGCUGCUCCCAAGACAGGGUUCAUUGACAUAACAACUUCUAAAGAUUUCUACCGUAUAUAUAGUGGCCUUCAAAUUGGAUACCUGGAGGAGUCUGAUAAACAAUCAUUUAAUAAUCAUGAAGUGCUGGGUGAUUCAGUUGCCUGGGGCGGCUGCACUAUAAUAUACUUGCUUGGGCAACAGCUGCAUUUUGAGCUUUUUGAUUUUUCGUAUCAAGUCCUCAAUGUUGCUGAGGUGGAGGCUGGAUCCCUCUCACAAAUGCAUAGGAAUCCUCAUCUUUCUCAGGGGUGGGAAAGCUUACUGGAAGCAAUGAAGAAAGCGAGAAGAUUAAACAAUCAUGUUUUCUCCAUGCUAAAAGCACGUUGCCCGUUAGAAGACAAGACAGCUUGUGCUAUCAAGCAAAGCGGUGCCCCUCUGCAUCGGAUUAAGUUCGAGAAUACUGUUUCUGCAUUUGAAACACUGCCCCAAAAGGGUGCCUGAAUGACUCCUUUGAUGCCUUGAGCUUCAGUUGCUUUGCUGUUCAUCAGAUAAUAUGUUCAUGACCACACAGGAUUUCCAGGUUGUAGUUGCUAGAAUGUUUCCUGAAAUGUAUGUCCGAGAUUAAACUGAAUUUGUAUAGCCUACCCUUGCAGGGGAGGUUGGGCCGACUCCUAUUUGUAAUUUAACAACAGGUGUCUGUAUAGUUAAAAAUGUAGUGAACAUUGGAGUUUGUUGACUGUUCUUACAGUAGUUCGUUUUUGGCACUUCAGUUUUCUUUUGCUUUACAAUUUUGCAAUGAGAAAUAGAGAAAGAGAUUUACUAAUUGCUUUA